AUUCGAUACUCACAGACGUGUCCUGUCUCCAAACCUCCUCGUCUUCUAGGGAUGUUCGCCGGUUUAAGGACGUGCGGAAAGAGUUUGAGCGAGGCAGUGAAAACCUAGAGGGGGCGCUGGCGAGGAACGCGCAGGCCCCGCGAGGGAAACAACACGAAGUGGAGGAGGCGAGCAACGCUCUGCUCAACGCACGAAGAGCCUUUCGGUCCGAGGCGCUCGAUUACGUCCUGGAGAUCAAUGUCAUCGAGGCCAAGAAGAAGACGGACAUUCUGAUGGCAAUGUUGAAUCUGAUGGAGGCCCAGGCGCAGCUCUUCCAGCACGGCCACCAGUCGCUCUCAGAACUGGACGAGUAUCGCCGAAAGCUGAAUGAGGAGCACACUCAGUUUGUGUUGAACGCCGCCCGGGAGAAAAGAGACAUGGAGCAAAGACACGCCGCAAUAAAGAAAAAGGACGUGUCCUAUGAUGACUCCAUAAUGGAUUUCAACGCUGACGCAGCAAAUGGGAUCGCCAUGGAAGGGUACCUCUAUAAGAGAGCCAGCAACGCCUUCAAGACCUGGAGCAGGCGCUGGUUCUCGAUUCAAAAGAAUCAGCUGGUGUAUCAGAAGAAAUUCAAGGACCAGCCCACAGUUGUGGUGGAGGACUUGCGUCUCUGCACGGUGAAGCCCAGCACUGAAAAUGAGAGACGGUUCUGUUUUGAAGUGGUGUCUCCGUCAAAGUGUUGUUUGUUGCAGGCAGACUCGGAAAGGCUGCAGCAGGCGUGGAUCAGCGCCGUCCAAAACAGCAUCGCCUCAGCCUUUCAGGAGCACAGAGAGGACCCACACAGCCCAAGACAGCGCUGCAGCUCUAUGUCUACGAGCAGUUUGAGCGGAGGAGGAGGAGGAGGGGGAGGAGGAGGAGGUGGUGCUGAUCAGGAGAACAAGGGCUGCAAAGCGCUGGAGGAGGUCCAGGCGAUCCCGGGGAACAAGCAGUGCUGCGACUGCGGGGAGCCCGCUCCUGAUUGGGCCUCCAUCAACCUGGGCAUCACGCUUUGUAUCAUCUGCUCGGGAAUACACAGGAGCCUGGGAGUCCAUUUCUCCAAAGUACGCUCCCUCACUCUGGACUCCUGGGAGCCAGAGCUCAUUAAGUUGAUGUGUGAAUUAGGAAACACAGUGAUCAACAGGAUCUACGAGGCCCGCAUCGAUGAGAUCACCAUCAAGAAGCCGCACCCGUCCAGUCCCAGGUACAAACAUUUUCAUUUUCAUUUUGAUUUGCUGUUCGGUUUAUGCCGUCCUCACACCAAAUGACUUCAAGCACUUUCACACAAUACAAGUCUCUUUUUCUGUGGAAAAGGAGGAAAAACUGAUGCUGUUAUAGUGUUGACAAGAGUUAAAUUCGUGUGUUUCUUAUCAGCAAAUCAGCACUUAUUUUAUUGAGAAAUCUUUGUGAAACACUCAAAUCCAACCAGUUUGCUUGCAAAAGGUGUCUGAACUCGAUGGUUUGAAUUAUCAGAACAAACAGAGCUUAUGUUGAUGUUUUUCAGGUGAAAAAGAGAAAGAAACUGAUGAACUCAUGUUGUUUCUGGGUGUUCAGGGGUUAAACAAGUUACAGAUGAGCUUUUUAUUUUGAUAUUUUCACACUCAGAUUGUCUGUUUUAGACAGUUAUAUUAAAAAUGACGUUUCAAUGUUAAAAAAUAAAAUAAAACUCUGACACACUCUCAUUCACACAUCCUCCUCUCAUUAAAAAAGCUCAGCUAACCAACUGGUAGUGACUUAAGGCGACAAAAUCCGAAAUGUUUGUACCUAAAAACAGUUUAUCUUAUAAUGCCGAAUUGACAAGAAUACUAUCCACGUUUGAUUCCUUUUAUCUUGUGUUUGUAGAGUUUGUGUUUUUAUACAUGCAUAAGGAAUCGUUAAAAUGUUAUAUUUCUUAAAGGGAGUUUGGUUUGAUAUUUUCCAUCAGGAGCAUGAUGAGAAAUAAGAAAGUACUUUUGCAAAUAAUGAUCCUGCAAGAUCUGAGUCUUUGCAAAAACUUAAAGUACAUUAGUAGUUUUUUUUAUUUCAUCAUGUCAUAAUGUGCUGGUUUAUUAUCCAAAUUACUAUUAUUAUUAUUUUUUGUGCAUAUAACUCAUGUUAAAAGCACACCUGUACUACAAAACUGGCUUUAUGGGAAUUUAUUUUCAAAUAUUAAAGAUUUUACAGCACAUUUAAUUUAUCAAACUUAGUGUAGCUGCAAAAAACCCACAGAAAUGCUCUUCAUUUCCUCCUUCUGUCACAAUUAUGACAUUGCAUAACAGUUUCUGCUCGUAGACGGUAUAUUUCCACAUUGAUUGAAGACUUUUACAUGCCACCUUUGAGUGGUUCGGUUUUGGCAAAGCUAAAGUGUGUUCAGAUUAGUUCUCUGAGCUUUAAAAAUGUAUCUUUGCAAAGAUCUUCGUGGUUCACUGAUGAUUAUAUCAGCAGCCUACAACUCUCUUCAGACUAAUUUAUCGACUUCCUCUUCUCCUCCCUGUUGUGUCGCAGCAGACAGGAAGUGCCACAGGUACACGAUACGCAUGAUUAACGUCAUGACUAAACUGUCCGGAAACUCGCUGUGAGGCUGCAUGCUCUCUGCAGCGUGAGCUGUCAGUCAUCUUGUCUGGGUUUAUGUUGUUUGCUUACUUUUUUGUUUCCUUUUGGAAUAUAAGUUUUGUUGUUAUUGACUCAAUAUGGCUCAAAUGUCGUACAAAGCUGUUGAAGCCUUUGAAACUUGAGUAGACUUGCUUUAUAUCUUUUGAAAAUAUGGGAAGAUGGCAAUGAGCAAUAAGAAGAA